AUGCGCGUGCAUCUCAAACGCGCGUCGGGGGAGAAGAUCACGCUCGAUGACGUCGACGCGGGCGCGUUCACGGUCGCGGACGCGCGGGCCAAGGUUGUGGAGACGAUCGCGGCCGCUGGUGGCGACGUGGGGGCGAACGUGCGGUUGAUUUACAAGGGGCGGGUGCUGAAGGAUGCGCACACGCUCGAGGCGUGCGGGAUGACGGAUGACGCGGUGGCGCACGUCGUGGUGUCGAGCGCGGCGAGCGGUGGGAGGGGGGAGACGGAACGGGUGGGGGUGGAGCCCGUGCCGGCGGCGCCGACGGCGCCGGUGGGGGUGGAGACGUCGCCGUUCGGCGGCGCGCGGGCGGAUCCGGCGGCGGCGCAGGCGAUGCUGAAUAAUCCAUUCAUCCGCUCGCAGCUCGAUGCGCUGUUGAAUGAGAGCCCGGAGACGCUACGAGAGAUGUUUGAGUCGCAACCUGGGAUUAGGGAGGCGAUGGCGGCGAAUCCGGAGCUUCGACAGGCGCUCACGGAUCCCUCGACUUUGCGGCAGAUGUUCAACGCGAUGGGGAACCCGGCGCUCAUGCAAGAGCAGAUGCGGAGCAACGAUCGGGCGAUGUCGAAUAUUUCUAGCAUGCCCGGUGGGUUCAACGCAUUGACGCGAAUGUACAGAGACGUGCAGGAGCCGAUCGAGCGGGCGGAGCGCGAGCGCGCGGCGGCGGGAGGGGGGACGACGGGGACGCCGACGUCGAACGCGGACGGACCGCUUCCAAAUCCGUGGAACGCCGGUGGAGAUUCGGCGGGCUCUGGGGCGGCGAGUGCGGGUGGCAUGCCUGAUUUCGGUGCGCUCGGUGGGCUCGGUGGGCUCGGUGGGCUCGGCGGCGACGGCGGCGGCGACCCGGCGGCGCAGAUGGAACAGAUGGCGCAGUUGCUUUCGAACCCCGCCAUGCGUUCGGCGAUGGAAAACGUGAUGUCGAAUCCGCAGAUGAUGGAGUCCAUGCUCAGCAUGAAUCCUGAGGCUCGAAGGAUGAUGGAGUCGAAUCCGGCGAUGCGGGAGACUCUCUCAAAUCCCGAUUUCCUUCGACAAAUGAUGAAUCCGGAGAACUUGCGCGCCAUGGCGCAAAUGCAACAGGCGCUCAGUACGCUGCAAGGGAACAACGCGUUCGGAGGCGCGGGUGGCAUGCCCGACCUCGGCGCUCUCGGUGGACUCGGUGGACUCGGUGCGUUCGGCGCACCUCCGCAACCCGCGGGACCACCGGAGGAGGUGUACGCGUCGCAACUGUCGCAACUGAACGACAUGGGCUUCUUUGACGCGGCGGAGAACAUUCGCGCGUUACAAGCCACGGGCGGUAACGUCCACGCCGCGGUCGAUCGCUUACUCUCCGGAGGAUUCCCGUGA